UCGAGGGCGUGGCUAUACUUUUAUUACCCUUUUUAAGCUUUGUUUUAUAACAAAUAUUCAUCUGACUAUCAUAAACUAUACAUCAUUUGAAAGCUAAAACACUCAAGAAUCGUGUUCUAAACUUGUUUUUGCAAUCAAUACACCAGAGAGGAAAGGGUUAAAUUAAAUGCAAAAGGACUGCUCAUUUGAAAAUGAGCAAAAUGAACCGCUAUACUCAUCUUUCAUCUCGUAUGGUUCAGAUCAGUUCGGAAGAAUCCAAGAAACAACAGCAUACAUUUCAAUGUAAGGGUCCACUCUUCAAAAUGCAUCCCACUUUUUAAUCCAAAACAACGAAAAAUAGGGAAAAAAAUGAAAUAUCCUCCUUUGUUUACAUGAGCGUUUUCGAGAUAGAGUUCGCAUCAUGUUCAUUUUCAAAGAAAUAUCGAUUCUAAUCCAUAUUCCAACACUCAAAAGCCAUCUCACCCCUGUAGUUUAGACUCUUCCGGAUGAAAUGAGUCAUCCCCCUUCUCUCUGCUUCAAUCACAGGCUAUGUAAUCGAUCAAAAUGCCAAGGGACCGCCUGACAGGCUUAGAAACCUGUCAAUCUUGCAUCUCGGUUUUUGACUGGAUAAAGUCUGGAUAAAGCCAGCCAAUGUGUAAUCGGCAAUGUUUUGAUGGAUGUGAGUAUUAACCAAUUAAAACACGAUUGCAGUGAUUGACAGUUCUCAAGCAGAUUUGUCAAAUACAAGUGCGCAAUGUUGUCGUUCGUUCGUGCGCUUCCGCCAUUUUGCGCACAGAGCGCAUAGGCUAGGUAUUGGUUUGCAACACGGAGCUCGUAUCAACUCAUAGAUUUUCUCCAAAGUUAUAUUUGACAAUCUCCAUCAUGGAUCGUCGUCUACAGAAGGGUUUUUGUGGUGUUGAGAGUAUUUUGGAGGAAGUGAUGAGAAGCAGCGACGAAGAGCAGCAGAAAGACGCAGAGAGAUGCAUCUCAGACAGAGAGAGCACGGUGUCGAGCGUCGUCGAUUCGGCAGAAGAGGAGAUGUUUGUUCAUGGACUCGAUCCCGUUUUAGAUCGGCCUUCAACUGAAUCAGAUGAGGAAUGGAAUCCGGAGUCCAGUCAUGAGCGACAAAGGAGACGCCGGCAGUCAUCGUCAUCUUCUGCAUCUCCAUCUGAAUCUGCUUCAGCUACCAGAGGCAGAGGCAGAGGCAGAGGCAGAAGUACAGGUACAGGUACAGGUACAGGUAAAGUUUGA